UUACUAUAUACAUGGACCAAUCGCUCUGCGAGGUUCUUUGGAGGAAAAACCAUUUCUAAAAUAAGCAUUUAUAUUUAAAAAAAUAUAUUUAUGUUAUUUUUUAGAAUUAAUAAUAUGAGAUGCAAAUAUUUUAAUACACUACAUAUUUAAAAAUAUAUAUUUUAUUUUUAAAAAAGCAACAUUUAUUAUUAAUAAAUAAAAUCUAUUUUUUAAAUAUAACUUAAAAAUUGUAGAUAAGACAUUAGAAGUACAAAAAAAAACUUCACAACCAUGUAGUCAUGAACCUUGAUAUACACCACUGCGCACGUUUACUACAAAACAUCAAAACAAUCAAUGCAGGCAGGCAGCUCCACCUUCUUUUUCUCAAACGCGGUGUCAUUCCCUCUGCUCUCACUAUAGUCAACCGCAUUGUGCAAAUGUAUGUGAAAUUUAGCAACUUAAACGAUGCACACAAACUGUUUGAUGAAAUGCCCCACAGAAAUUGCUUCACUUGGAAUACUAUGAUUGAAGGGUAUCUGAAAACAUGCAACAAGGAUGCAUCUUUGAGCUUGUUUCAUUCAAUUCCGGACAAGAAUGAGUUUUCUUGGAAUCUUGUUAUUACUGGUUUGAUCAAGUUGGGUGAAGUGGAAAUUGGGAGAAGAUUGUUUGAUGAAAUGCCUGAUAAGAAUGGGGUUGUUUUGAAUUCAGUGAUACAUGGGUAUGUUCGGGGUGGGCGUCCAGAAGAAGCUGUUAGAGUUUUUAGGGAUGUUGAAUUGUGUGGCGAUGAUUCGUUUGUUUUGGCUACGGUUAUUGGUGCUUGUACUGAUUUGUUAGCUCUGGAGUGGGGAAAGCAAAUUCAUGCGCGUAUAAUUGUUAAUGAUGUGGAGUUUGAUUCUGUGCUUGGAAGUGCGCUUAUAAAUAUGUAUGGGAAAUGUGGUGAUAUUGAUGAGGCAAGCCAUGUUUUGAGUAAAAUGAGUGAUGUAGAUGACUUUUCUGUGUCAGCAUUAAUCUCGGGAUAUGCAAAUUGUGGUAGAAUGAAUGAUGCAAGAAGGAUUUUUUGCAGUAGAAGUGAUAAUGAUUGUGUGAUCUUAUGGAAUUCUAUGAUUGCGGGAUAUGUUAAUAACAAUGAAGUCUUGGAAGCAUUAGACUUUUAUGGUAAGAUGAGAGAAUUAAGAAUCAAGGAAGACUUCUCUACUUUUGCUAGUUUAUUGAGUGCCUGUGGAUCUUUGGGUAAUCUAGGGUAUAGUAAACAAGUGCAUGGUCAUGCUCAUAAAUUUGGAGUUGUCAAUGACCUUUUAGUUGCAACUGGACUUGUCGACAUGUAUGCUAAGUGUAGAUGCCCUAAUGAUGCUUGUAAACUAUAUAGUGAGUUGGAGAUAUAUGACACUGUUUUGUUAAAUUCUAUGAUAACAAUAUAUUUUAGUUGUGGUAGGCUUGAGGAUGCAAGACAAGUCUUUGACAAUAUGCCAUGUAAAAGUCUAAUUUCGUGGAAUUCGAUGCUAGUGGGAUUGAGUCAAAAUGGGUGUGCAAUAGAAGCAUUGAAUCUCUUCUGCAAGAUGAAUGAAAUGAACUUGAAAAUAGAUAAGUAUAGCCUUGCCAGUGUGAUCAGUGCUUGUGCCAGCAUUUCGUCACUUGAGCUUGGUGAGCAGAUUUUUGCAAAAGCUACUAUCAUUGGACUGGAAUCUGAUCAGAUCGUAUCUACUACACUUGUUGACUUCUAUUGCAAGUGUGGAUUUGUUCAAACUGGUAGGAAUGUAUUUGACCAAAUAAUUAAAUAUGAUGAAGCUUCAUGGAAUUCUAUGUUAAUGGGAUAUGCAACUAAUGGCUAUGGGUUUGAGGCAUUGGCUUUAUUUACCGAGAUGAGAUGUGGUGCUUUUGUUCCCACAGAGAUUACAUUCACUGCAGUAUUAUCUGCCUGCGAUCAUUGUGGACUGGUUGAAGAUGGACGGAAAUGGUUUUAUGCAAUGAAACAUGAUUAUGGUAUCGAGCCAGGGAUUGAGCAUUUCUCCUGCAUGGUAGAUCUCUUUUCGAGGGCAGGUUGCCUUGGGGAAGCUAUGAGACUUAUUGAGCAAAUGCCAUUUAAAUGCGAUGAAAGUAUGUGGGCAUCAGUUUUGAGAGGGUGUGUUGCUCAUGGAGAUAAAACUCUUGGGAAGAACAUAGUGAAGCGACUUACAAAACUUGAUCCUGAAAACUCAGGGGCAUAUGUGCAACUAUCUGGUAUAUUUGCCAUUUCUGGGGAAUGGGAGCGUUCAGAACAGGUUAGAAAAUUGAUGAAUGAUAUGAAAAUAAGAAAGAACGCUGGGUGUAGUUGGAUGGAUGGUUAAAAGUUCUUUCAUCUGAAGCUGAUUCUGCUAUUCAUUAAUUUGAAGUCAUAUCUAAUUUGUAGUUGUUCUGCACUCAUGUGUAUCCUAAUCCAUUGAGGAUGACCAGUCUUCCAAUGUUCCUAUUCCACUCUUGGUUUAAACUGAGUGUUUUAGGUAUAGUUGAAUUCUGUGAGAUAUGGCAUUUUUGCACUUUCAGAGAAGGUACAAGAAAUCAGAAUUACAAGAAAAGGCCUCUAUGUAAUAUGAAUAUACUUCUCUGGCUAAAGAUGUUGAAUUCUAUCUGAAACCAAUUGACAGGAAUCCACUCGGAUUGUGUAUAUAUAAUAUAUGAGCAGAGUUACUAAGAACAGGAUCGAACAUAUGAUUAUGGCUGUGUGUGUAAGGUAAAUGGUGGAAAGAUUAUAAGUGGCCAGGCAUCCCAAAGCUGGGAAGAUAAUAAGUAGCUGGAGGUCUCAAUGCUGGAAGAUCUGUUUGCACCAAGUUUAUGAUAUUGCUGCUGAGAAGAACUAUCCUAGAACCAGAUAUGCAUUCACAAUACUAGAUGACAAAUUAUAUGCAUAUUUGGAACCAACUAAGGACCAUUGAGUGAUGCUACUUUUAACCUAUCUCCUUUCAUGGCAGUUACUUCGGGCACGCCUACCAUACCCUGCUCCUUAUAUUCACUAACUUAUCAAGCAUGGUAACACUCUGAUCUAUAUCUUUGAACUCUUAGUAUUAAACCUUGCAAUUUACUGGAUGGGGAUCUGAGUGAUUGAGUUUGACACUAAAUGUCAGGAAAAUGGAACAUAGGCUGUUCUAUAUGAAUUUGUUGGGCGUAAGCUGAAACAGUUACCUCCUAAGAUAUAAUUGAGUAAACUAAAAACAGGAGGACAUGCAUUUGGUGCUGCACAUAAACCACGUUGCUGCUAAAUGCAAGCAUUGGUGCAAAUGCUUAAUGCAAAUUCUUAUGGACAUGCUGCUAAAUGCAAGUAAGCAUGAGGGAUUGCUUUCUGUGAUUUGUUAUCUUAGCCAUCUAUGCAAUUUCAAUGCAUGUAUUCUUUAUCUUGGAGAGUCAGAUGAGAAAUAGAGGGAAAGGACAUCCUAAUUUCUAUUUUAUAAGUAAUAAAACUCUAGAAGAGUAUAGGUUGAAGAUGAGAUAUAGGAGAAAACUAAACAGAAUGCUUGAAAUAAAAAUCCAAGACCUCUCUGUUUAGUUUCAUCCUAUUCUCACAUUCAACAUUCACAGUUGCAUAUUCUCUUUCUCAUUCUUCAUAGGAUGAGAAAAUGUCGUAUAGAGAGGCUGCAUUUUCUCUUCAGGUUCACCUGAUUUUCAUGUUCGACCAUGCCCUGAACAUGGACAGAUUUGAGCAAAUGUGCAAAGGGCGGAUAUAAGAUAUUGGAGAAAAUUAAACAGAUCAAUAAAGGAAAUCAAUUGCUUUUUUGUUUAAUUUUCUCCAAUCCUCACAUUCGACAUUGCACUUUUUCUACAUUAAGGUUUUAAGGUUUUAUGUACCACACCAAGUGAAAGUCACAAAUAUUGGAGAGAACUAAGCAUGUGAUAAAAUCAGUGCUAAUAUGUUUAGUUUCCACCAAUCCUCACUUGUGAGAUUACACUGUGGUUGCUGUUUGAUUCAAUGUUUUGCCCUGUAUUUAUAGCCCUCAGACAGAGACAUAACAUGCAUUUCUUUCUUU